AUGUCCUACUUUCCUUCACCUAAGAUGGUGAAGGUAAGAGGCGGGGGUUUGCCAGGAAAGCGUCUGUCCCAAGUUUCCUACUCAGCAGGUAGUAAAGGAAAUAGGAAAUCAGACGUCAGGAAGGCAGUGAAGAAAUCUCUGAGUCUAAAAGGGAAUCUCCCAAAGCAGCGAUCCUUCCAGGAGCCAGUGGAUGAAGUCCUCCAAAUUCCCCCUUCGCUGCUGACAUGCGGCGGUUGCCAGCAGAACAUCGGGGACCGCUAUUUCCUGAAAGCCAUCGAUCAGUACUGGCACGAAGACUGCCUCAGCUGCGACCUGUGCGGGUGCAGGCUCGGAGAAGUGGGGAGACGGUUGUAUUACAAACUGGGCAGAAAGCUCUGCAGAAGGGACUAUCUCAGGCUCUUUGGCCAAGACGGCCUCUGCGCCUCCUGCGACAAGCGAAUCCGGGCUUACGAGAUGACCAUGCGGGUGAAGGACAAAGUGUAUCACCUUGAAUGCUUCAAAUGUGCUGCCUGCCAGAAACAUUUCUGUGUUGGGGACAGAUACCUCCUCAUCAACUCAGACAUAGUAUGUGAACAGGACAUCUACGAGUGGACUAAGAUAAAUGGAAUGAUCUAGCAAAGACAUGCCUCAUAGUUUAUAAAAGACAUCUCACGGGCGACACCGAUGCAUAGCUGCAGUGAGGAGAUCAUCACUUGAGCUAUGGGCUUUGUCUAAAAUGGGGGGAAAAUACCACGGAGUUGGCCCUUUGCAGGCAGUGCUACGUAGAAUCUAAACUACAUAUAGGUGAAGAAGGGAGACCGAAGCAAUAGUAGAUAGACUGACUUCUGUUAACAAAGGCGUAUGGACAAUAACUGACAUCAGCCGUGUAGGCGAGAGUUGGGGAACAAACAGAAUGCGAUAACAAAUUCUCAUAACUGGAAAAAGAGUAGGGACUUCUGUAAAGAGAUGUUAUGACUUUGUCACCUGCAGACUAGGAUUGUGCAAUUGAAUUUUCUUUUCGUCUUGUUUUAGUUACUGAGUUUAGACGACAGCUCCUAAUGUAGACAUGAGGGAGAAUACUGGAAGAAAAGGGCCAUCACUAACGUGGUCAUUCUAUACGGCCUUACACUUUGGGUAGGAGAGAAAGCGGGAAGCGCGUGGGGUUAUUUUUGCAUGGAUUUUUUUUUCCUUUGAGAAUGAACAGUGCAUCUUCUAGUCCCAAACUCUUUGUUCAAAAAAUCCUGCUGAAUAGUUGUUUUCGGGCACUGCUGUUUCAAGAUGAGAUGUUCCACAGAUCAUUUCUAUACAAAUAUAAAUCUAAAGAGUUGUUCAACUAUUUUAUUAACUUAGAUUAUAUCGUUAAAAUAUUUGUUGUGUGUAGUAAGACUCUGCAGCUUUAAUAAAAAUAACAGAAAAUU